AUGUCUCGCAUGUCCGUGGCAGCAUUCCUGUCCAAGGCAAAGUCCUCCCUUGCGCAAUCCCUCAGGAGCAAAGGCGACACUCCGGCGGCCUUCGUGAUCGGCAACGAAUCAGCGGACUUGGACUCCAUCACUUGUGCCAUCGUAUACGGCUACGUUCAUUCCAACACCCCUGCAGCUCGAAAAGCAGGCAAGUACAUUAUUCCGGUCACCAACAUCCCGGCAAGCGAGCUCCGACUACGACCGGAGCUCACUGCAUUGCUCAAGCAUGCCAACCUCAAGCCCUCGGAUCUUGUCACUUUGGACGACCUUGGCAAGAUCCAGGACGUGCUGCCUCCCUCUACGACAUCAUGGACGCUGGUAGACCACAAUGUUCUGCAAGAUGCACUCGGCGAGCACUUCUCCGCCAGCGUGACUGGCGUGAUUGAUCACCACGAAGAUGAAGGCAAGGUCCCAGAAGACGCCCAGCCACGAAUCAUCGAGAAAACCGGCAGCUGCAGCAGCCAUGUCGCUAACUACUGCCGGGAAACUUGGGAGCACGUUUCUUCGGGAGCAUCAACGAGUGGCGCUGCUCUCGGUCAAGGUGACGGCGCGAUAGAUGAUUCCGCCUACACCGUCACAUGGGAUGCUCAUGUGGCGAAGCUGGCUCUUGGCUCUAUCUUGAUUGAUACCAUCAACCUUGGUGAUAGCAACAAGGUCACUGAGCACGACAAAAAAGCUGUCAAAUACCUGGAAGCUAAGAUCAAUGUCUCGCCUCAAACGAGCAAGACCUAUGACCGCAACACCUUCUACCAAGAGAUCAACAAUGCAAAGUCCAAUCUGGACGAACUCAGCUUGCAAGAUAUCCUGGGGAAGGACUAUAAGCAAUGGACCGAAGGCGACCUCAGGCUCGGCAUCAGCUCUUGCGUGCGAAGCAUUGAGUACCUCGAGAGCAAGCAGGAGAAUCUUGUACCGGGGCUAAUCAAAUUCGCUAAAGAGCAUGACCUAGACAUAUUUGCGGUCAUGACGGCGCACAAUGAUGGCGCCUCGUUCCAGAGACAACUGCUACUUCUUGCCGUGAAGGAAGGCCGAGCUAUCGACCUGACUAAGAAGUUCGCUGAUCAGUUUGAACAGAAGCUGCAACUUGAUCAUAGCACCACAAAAUCCGAAGAUAGCGAAGCGCUCUGGUUGCAGCUGUGGGAACAGAAGAAUCUUGCUGCGAGCAGGAAGCAAGUCGCUCCGAUGCUACGGGAGGCGAUGCGGUAG